AGCUUUAGAACACACUCUCACCAACAAUCUCACCCAACUUUUUUUUCCCUCUUUUUUAUUUUUAUUAACUCCUCACUAAAUCCUAAUCUACAAACCCUAACUUUUCUCUUUUAUCCUCCUCCUUGCAUACAUUAUUCAAUCAAUAGUUGGGAGCAAAAGUUUCAAUCUUUCUUCUGACUCCCUUGUUGGAAUUUUACCUAAAUCGUGUUGGGUUUGUUUGGUAGGCUCUGAGAGAAACUUCAACAGCAAUUCAUCAUUAAGCAUAUAUGCUAAUUGCCUUCUCUUUCUUGUUUCACUUUCUCUUUGGUUUGCUUCAAAAUCAGAGAAAAGCUGAAACCUUUGAGCAGAAGGUUAAUCAGAAAGGGCAAUUAACUUAGUCGCCUACAUUCUAAGGUGGGAGUUGUGAAGUUGUGAGCAAAGGGAAGACAUAUUCUCACCGGAUAUAGGAUCAAAGAUGUCUUCUGAGAGUUCUUUGAGUGCUGACAUGUCUAAGAAGGUCUCGUUUUUAGGUUUGUCGGGUAUGAAACUCUGGGUAUUGAUUUGUUUGGUAGUUGGCACCUUUGUAGUUUUGGUUCUCUGCAUCCUAUCUCUGUGGAUUGCAUUCCGCCGAAAAUCUCGGAGAUCAUCUCACAAGUUGUUACCAUUCAGUCAAAUACCACAUGUGGCUAAAGAUAUCAGAGUUGAUGAUAGAGUUGGGUUUCAACAUCAUAAUGAAAAUUUAGGUUUCACAAUUGCUGAUAAAUCUAGUGACAGAAACUCGGGAAAGAUGAUGUCUUACUUGGGAAGAACCAAGUCUAGUGAUAAUGAUAGUAUAAGUCAAUGUAGCUCUGUGCAUCAUCACGAAAGAGCUUGUAGUUCUCACUCCGGUGAAGAAGGAAGCUUUGGGAACGCUUGGAGACAUGCUUCCCUAUCGCAAGGUGCACUUGUAACAGCAUCUCCUUUGGUUGGUUUGCCAGAAAUAUCUCAUCUUGGUUGGGGACACUGGUUUACUCUUAGGGAUCUUCAGCUAGCCACCAACCGUUUUGCUGCGGAAAAUGUAAUCGGUGAGGGUGGUUAUGGAGUAGUUUAUAAGGGUAGACUCAUCAACGGUAAUGAUGUUGCUGUAAAGAAGCUUCUUAACAAUCUGGGACAAGCUGAGAAGGAAUUUCGGGUUGAAGUUGAGGCGAUUGGUCAUGUACGGCACAAGAACCUUGUAAGGCUUCUAGGAUAUUGCAUAGAGGGUGUUAACAGGAUGCUCGUUUAUGAGUAUGUGAAUAGUGGUAACUUAGAACAAUGGUUACAUGGAGCUAUGGGGAAAGAUAGCACUCUCACAUGGGAGGCACGCAUGAAGAUUCUUGUCGGUAUUGCACAAGCGCUAGCUUAUUUGCAUGAAGCAAUAGAACCAAAAGUAGUCCACAGAGACAUUAAAGCAAGCAAUAUCCUGAUUGAUGAGGACUUCAAUGCGAAGCUUUCCGAUUUUGGGUUAGCCAAGCUCUUAGACUCGGGUGAGAGUCACAUCACGACCAGAGUCAUGGGCACCUUUGGCUAUGUAGCACCUGAAUAUGCCAAUACAGGUCUAUUGAAUGAGAAGAGCGACAUUUAUAGCUUUGGUGUCCUGCUUCUAGAAACUAUUACUGGAAGAGAUCCAGUUGACUAUGAACGUCCAGCUAAUGAGGUGAAUCUGGUUGAAUGGUUAAAGAUGAUGGUUGGAACAAGAAGAGCUGAAGAAGUUGUUGAUCCAAGAAUUGAGCCCAAACCCGCUACACGUGCUCUGAAACGUGCACUUCUUGUUGCCCUUAGAUGUGUGGAUCCUGAAGCAGAGAAACGGCCUAAAAUGAGCCAGGUUGUGCGGAUGCUUGAAUCCGAUGAACACCCUUUUCGGGAGGAGCGGAGAAACAGAAGGAGUAGAACAGCGAGUAUGGAGAUUGUUGAGACCACAGAGGAAUCAGCUGACACAAGCAAGCGGCCUGAUCACUCUGUGAACCACACUACAGAACCUGAGAAGACUCGUGUAUAGAAAAUUUGUCACAGACCCAGUGAAAAAGUCAGCUAAGUAACUUCACACCCUCAAAUGCUCCACUAAUCGAUGACGCAUGAGUUUUAUCGUGCAAAACAAAUCGGGUUAAAGAAGUUUCCAAUCUCAGUUCAGAUCAAAAGAGUUCUUCCAGUUAUUUAUAACAUCGCUCCAGGUAAAUUAUGAUGCAAUCUUGGGAGCCAGUAUUUUUAUGAUUGAGAAGCAUUUGUCUCUCUUGAUCUCUGUGAGUUUUAGUUCUUCUAAAGUCUUCGAGUCUUGGCUUUUAGGAUGUCAAACAUAAGCCAGGACAGAUUUGUUGUUGUACUAUGAAUUGAAUUUAAAUGUCAUUCUCUCUCUUGAUUGAGACAUGUAUAUAAUCAGGUUGUGUCUUGUGACAUGUGUGAGAGAUAUUACUGAGUUUGGAAGAACGAAACAAAGAGGCCUUUCUAUAUCGUAGCUUUUGAUGUAUAAA